UUUCCUAGCGGCGGCGCAGUCGGGGCAGUAGCGGUCCCAGGAACGCGGGUUGGACGUUGCCGUCCGGUCGGGGGAAGCUCAAGGCUGGAACGGGAGUGCGCACCGUCCCGGAACGAACUAGGGGCGUGCCCGGCACAGGGAUCAUUGAAAAAUCCUUAGUGGUAUUGACAUGUCUCACGUGACAUGAAUUAGCCAAUGACUCGGAAUGAUGGAUUCUCCGAAGAUUGGAAAUGGUUUGCCAAUGAUUGGACCAGGGGCUGAUAUAGGGAUAUCUUCACUCCACAUGGUGGGGUAUUUGGGAAAAAAUUAUAAUCCAUCAAACAUUUCAUCAGAUGGUUAUUGUCCUGCUUGUAAAGAGAAGGGAAAAAUAAAAGCCUUGAAGAUUUACCGAAUUAGUUUUCAAGAGUCUAUCUUUUUGUGUGAAGAUUUGCAGUGCAUCUAUCCUUUGGGCUCCAGGUCACUUAAUAAUUUAAUUUCCCCGGAUUCAGAAGAUUGUCGCACUCCAAAUAAGGUUCACAAAAGGAAGCUCUUGGAAACCAGCUGUACCGAUUCACCUGUUUUAACAGAUUCCAAAAAGACUAGACAUCAUAUUGAUGAUGGACAGACAUUGGACAGCAGACCUAACAGAGAACUGUGUGAUGAAACCUCACCACAAUGUUCUGGGGACAAUACUUGUCAGCAUCCAGAUGGCACAGCUCAUUCCUUGGCGCAGAAUGAGAUUUUGGAAGCUGGUAGUGUUGGUAUGGCUGCUGAAGAGCCUGCUGCAGUCGAUGUCUCUGCAAGUAGACAAACUUCCCCUCAGAAUGAAGGCGGCACAUCUCCACUGGAAAUGCCAUUAGAAAGCGAGUGUGUAUCAUUUGGCCGGACUUUGUAUGUCCAGUGGAAAAAUGCUCAUGCUCUCUGCUGGUUGGACUGUAUCCUUUCAGCCUUGGUGCACUUGGAAGGAUUAAAGAACGCUGUGACUGAACUGUGUCCUAAGGAGGAUUCUGUUUUCUGGCAUUUGUUUACAAAAUAUAAUCAAGCAAAUAAGCUUCUGUAUGACACUCAGUUGGAUGGACUUAAAGGUGGAGAUUAUAAAAAGCUUCCUUCAGAAAGACUUGCACAGAUUGAGACCUGUCUGAAUGAAGUCAGAAAUCAAAUUUUUAGUAGACUUCAGCCUCUGCUUAAAUGCACAUUAGGUGACAUGGAAAGUCCUGUAUUUGCUUUUCCCCUGCUCUUAAAACUAGAGCCUCACAUUGAAAAGCUCUUCACAUAUUCUUUUUCCUGGGACUUCACAUGUGCCCAGUGUGGACACCAGUAUCAAAACAGGUGUAUGAAGAAUCUGGUCACUUUUACAAAUGUCAUCCCUGAGUGGCACCCACUGAAUGCUGCUCAUCUUGGUCCUUGUAACAAUUGCAACAGUAAAUUGCAAAUAAGGAAAAUGGUGUUAGAAAAAGCGUCUGCCAUAUUUAUGGUGCACUUCGUGGAAGGCUUACCACAGAAUGACUUGCAGCGCUAUGUAUUUCAUUUGGAAGGAUGUCUUUAUCAAAUAAAGUCUGUAAUCCAGUACCAAGCAAAUAAUCAUUUUAUUACAUGGAUUUUAGAUGCUGAUGGAAGUUGGCUGGAAUGUGACGACUUAAAAGGCCUCUGUUGCGAGAGACACGAGGAAUUUGAAGUUCCUGCUUCAGAGAUACAUAUUGUUAUUUGGGAAAGAAAAACAUCCCAGCUGGCAGAUCAAGAAGCUGCCCGCCUUCCCCUUAGGAAGCCUAAUGACGAGAAUGCUUUUGGUGCCAAUCGAUCAUCUCCAGCACCGGGUCCUAGGCAGGCAGCCUUCCCAGCAGGAACAGCCCCAGUCACACACCCUACGGGUGGAUCAGUUGCUCCUCACACUGGUCCACCAGAUGAAGCUGUGGCUCCUGGGGAUCAUUUCCUUCCAGGACCAAAAAGUGUGGCUGCCAGCAAGGUUUUACCUUCAACAUCGGAAGAAGCUGACCAGAAAACUGUCACUGAUUUUCAAGUUAAGUCUCAAACUGUCCUAUUGGAAAAUAAGCCUAUAGCAGAUAAAACGGGGAUUGUCAAAACAAAUACUUUACAGUCACAAGACUCACUAAUGACUUCUUUAGUACCAGAACCGUGUAAAGAAAACCAAGUCCAAGACCAGUUUGUAGAUUCAGGCUGUCCAUCUCAAGUUGUAAAUACAAAUGUGCCAUUGGUGCAGCUGAGUACAAGAGACACUGUUGGUGCGAAGGCUGUGGAUGGCAGUCACUCUGCUGCGCUUACACAGGCAGAGAAAUCAGUAGAAGUGGAGAAUGCUCAGUUAAAACAGUUCCUUCCUCCCAAAUCUGAUCAGUCAAAACCAGAGCGUCAAUCUAAUCUGAACACGAAAGAAACUGCAACAGAUUCCAAAACUGUAAUAGUGAAGCCAUUACAGAAUCAGUCUGUAAAAGAGAAUCAGAAGAAACCAUUUGUGGGAAGUUGGGUUAAAGGCUUGUUAAGCAGGGGGGUUUCUUUUAUGCCACUCUGUGUUUCUGCUUACAAUAGAGACACUGAUUUGCAGCCUCCUGAGGUGGCAAGGGCAAACAGUGUGGACAACUUUAAAGCGAAAGGUAGAAAACAAAAGGCUAAGCAGGGAUCCAGGAAAACCCGGAAGCAUGCAGGCAAGCCACCUCUGGUCCCCAGUCUGCUGCCUACUGCUGCUCCACCUAGCACAGCGGCUCCUGCAGCCAGCACAGCUGCUCUUCUACCACCCACCAGGGCCGUUCCUCCAGCUUCUCUACCCCUUAGCACAGCGGUUUCACCACCCAGAAUGGCUGCUUCUCCAGGUCCUCCACCCAGCAUGGCUGCUCCUCCAGGUCCUCCAUCCGCCAAGGGUGCUCCUCAAGCUUCUCUACCCCUUAGCACAGCGGUUUUACCACCCAGCAUGGCUGCUCCUCCAGGUCCUCCACCCACCAAGGCUGCUCCUCCAGAUUCUCUACGCCUUAGCACAGCGGUUUCACCACCCAGCAUGGCUGCUGCUCCUCCAGGUCCUCCACCCAGCAUGGCUGCUGCUCCAGCUUCUCUGCCACCUACCACAGCCCCUUUACCUGCUAGGGUAGCUGCUCCACCUGGGGGCUUGAGUGCUGCCUCCAUAGGUUUGAAGAAGUGUGACAGCACCUCAUAUGGAGCUCAGUUCAGCCAUAGUCCUCAUGGAAAUGAAACUUUUUCUUCAGCAAAAUAUGGAGAUUCAGUUGAAGGUCAGAUUCAUAAACUUCGACUAAAACUUCUUAAAAAACUGAAGGCCAAAAAGAGGAAAUUAGCUGCACUUAAAUCUUCCCCCCAAAAUGGAACACUUCCAGGAGGAAGUUCAGAACACAUUUCCCAGUGUGAGUCUCCAAAUUGCUGUGAAACAUUAGAUGAUUUGUUAAAAGAGCUACAAUAUAACAUUGAUAUUGCAGAUAAUAAAUUGGGGUACUCUCCUGUUUUAUCCUACAAUGGUCAAACUCAGGAAGAAAUUUUGGCAGAAAUAUUAUCUCCUACAAACACUGUUUCAACGGAGCUGUCGGACAAUGGGGAUGUUGACUUCAGAUAUUUGGAACUGGGAGAUGACUGUAUGCCGGCACCAGUACCUAGUGACUUAAACGAUACUUCCCAAAACACACUUCUCCAACAGGACCAUGUUUAUUGCAGCCCCAACAGGAAGAAUGAGUGUGAAACUCAACCAGACUUAGCAACAAGUGAUGCCUGCAGUAAAACAUUAAGCUUUGAGAGUCCAGUGAAGACUGACAUUUUGGAUGAGUUUUUUUCCACAUCAACAUUAAAUUCAUUAGCCAGUGACACAUUAGACUUACCUCAUUUUGAUGAAUGCCUGUUUGAGAAUUUUUGAAUGCUUGAUUCUUUUAAUAUUUAUUCUUACAAUUAACAAAAAAGCCUUUCAGGUAGUGUGCUAUACACUGGCCUUAUAUAAUAACCAUGAACAAAAUGUAGACUUCCUUUUGGUUCUGCCUGUGAAGCAUGGAAACUUUUUUUUCUACAAAUUAAAAUUAUCAGGAAUAUG